CAGUAUUCGGGCAACCAUGCCUGACUUACGGCACCGCAUAUUCGGCCUCGGCGCGCCGGACGACACCUCACGCACUGACAACCCUGCACCAAAGUCCCGCGCUGAUAAAACGGGCCAUAACCACGAGAAGCUGAGCAAACGACUAGAGUCCCACGGCACGAAACGACGCAAUGCGUGGAUGUUUACGAUGGGCGGCGUGCUUGGCCUUCUAGUCGCAGGCUUCUUCGCAGGUAGCAGUGGAAGCUUAGAGAGGCUUGCGGAAGUGGUUGGCCUCAACGACGUCCAUCUGGAUUCCCUUGUCGAUGUGCUGCCCGCAGGACUUAUCAGGGACGCGCGAGACCUUCAGUCUCGUGAGAAGGAUGCAGUGGAUUACGACAGCUUUGCCAUUGGUUUGCAGGCGCGUUCUGAGGGCAUCUCUGCUAGGCAUUCCGUCGUCAUGGUACCCGGAGUGAUAUCGACAUCUUUGGAGAGUUGGGGAACGGGAGAUCACAGUCGACCCUACUUCCGAAAGCGACUUUGGGGCUCCUGGACUAUGAUGAGAGCACUGGUGCUUGACAAGGCAAGCUGGAAGAAGCAUAUCAUGCUGGACCCGCUUACAGGGAUGGACCCAUCUGGCAUCAAGCUACGUGCUGCCCAGGGAUUUGAUGCUGCCGACUUCUUCAUCACGGGGUACUGGAUCUGGAACAAGAUUCUCGAGAAUCUAGCAACGAUCGGCUACGAUCCGACUAACGCUUUCACGGCCGCCUAUGAUUGGCGGCUAAGCUAUGCGAACUAUGAGAAGCGAGAUCAGUACUUCACCCGCCUUAAGAACCAUAUCGAGGUGGCAAAGAAGGUCUCAGGGUUGAAGGUAGUCCUGCUGACGCACUCAAUGGGUGGGCAAGUGCUCUACUACUUCAUGCACUGGGUAGAAGCUGAAGGCUACGGUAACGGCGGGCCCGCCUGGGUUGAAGAUCAUCUCGAGUCAUGGAUCAACAUAUCAGGUUGUAUGCUCGGGGCGCUAAAGGAUCUUCCGGCCGUACUUAGCGGCGAGAUGCGAGACACCGCGCAGUUGAACGCGUUCGCCGUGUAUGGGCUCGAGAAGUUCCUUUCGAGACAGGAGCGAGCAGAGAUCUUCCGCCACAUGCCUGGAAUAUCUAGCAUGUUGCCUAUCGGCGGAGAAGCUGUUUGGGGCGACCAUCAGGCAGCGCCGGAUGACCGACCCGGGCAGAACGUGACGUACGGCAAGUUUAUCAGUUUCCGUGAGGCCAGAUCGACAGUCGACAGUCCUGGUAACCUUACAGUCGCUCAGUCUUUGCCGUACCUAUUCAAUCAUACCGAGCAAUGGUAUGCCGAAACGAUCAAACAAUCCUACAGCCACGGCGUUGCGCACACGCGCGAUGAGGUGGAAGCGAAUAACAACAUACCUGGGAAGUGGAGCAAUCCUCUGGAGACUCGUUUGCCCUUUGCACCUUCAUUCAAAAUUUAUUGCUUCUAUGGGAUGGGCAAGCCUACCGAGCGGGCUUAUUUUUACCGGGAAGGUGUGGACGAGGUCACCAACCAGAGCACAGUUUCCAUCGAUACCACUGUGACCAGCGCAGACGGACUAAUUGACCAUGGCGUGGUUAUGGGAGAGGGCGACGGUACGGUCAACCUCCUCAGCACCGGCUAUAUGUGCAACAAGGGUUGGAAGAUCAAGCGCUACAACCCUGCAAACAUCUCGAUCACCACUUACGAGAUGCUACAUGAGCCCGAACGCUUCCACCCACGAGGAGGCCCGAAUACAGCGGAUCAUGUUGAUAUCCUCGGACGAGCAUCGCUGAACGACUUGAUACUGCGCAUAGCUGGUGGCAAGGGGCAUCUUAUUGAGAACACGAUCCACAGUAACAUCCUUGAGUACGCGGACAAAGUCCGGAUUUAUGACGAUCCCGACGAGUCAUAG